UCUUGAACUUUUACGUUACACACGUGUAGAUCAGCCGGUGUGCGCGGCGUGACUCUGUUGGGGAACGUUCGCUGUGCGAACGCUUUUCACGCUAAUUCCACGAGCGUCUCUUAUCGCGUAACCCAGUCGAAUCCCGAGGGGUGACACACGCGUCGCGGGACAGUGGACGGAGAGUGUCGCCGAGUGGACAGGAGCACGUCAAGGACAGAAGUGUCGUCGAUCGCGUGAAUGUUUCGCGUCGCGUCGCGCGUUCAACGAAUGCCACGCACAACGGGACUCCGCGCUCGAAAACGAUCGACGAGAACGAUCGAAUGAUCCUCCGCUACGCCGAAGAAGAAGAAGAAGAAGAAGAAGAAGAAAGAAGAAAGCGAGAGACGAGAAUCUUUCUGAUUUGCGCGAAACCAAAGUGAUAUCGCGUCGCGCCUGGUAGAAGCUGCGAAUAAUGUCGACGGGCAAGAGGCUGGCAAAGCGCAGCAUAAUCGGCACCAGGGUGUGCGCUCCCGGUCAGGACGGCAAGUACUACUGCGGCGCCAUUUGCGCCGUGAAGACGCCGCAGACCGCCGAGUCACCGGGCCAGAAGAGCGUCACCGCCAAGACUCUGUACUCCGUACGCUUCGACAUCACGGGCGGCAGUCCGCCGAGUCCGAAGGAAUACACGGAUCGCGAUCUGAUCGGACCGGGCUUCGGUUCCGUCACCGCCGCGCGGCUGGUACCCGGUCAGAAGGUUUAUCUAACGUACAACGGUAGGGAGAUUCACGCGGAGGUCACGGAGCAUCGCCAGCAUCUCGACGAAGUCGACGUGGUCAUUGCCCCGAACGGGCAAGAGGGUACAAUGAGCCUAACCAAACGUAUAGACGAAAUCAGGUUGCUCGAAUCACGUAAGAGUGCACGACUUGCCGAUCAGGACACGGAUUUCGCCAGGCUUGCCGAUAUGGCUGGCGAUCGCAAGCGAGCAUCCUCCCACUCUAUCGACGUACCACACGUGAUGGCAUCCAGGAAACGACGGCCAAGCUCGAACAAUGAUUCCGAACGGACGUACAGCGGUUGGGGCGAGAGGGUGGUCUGCGGACGUGAGGGUUGUCGCACCAACGAACGCGGUGAUUGCAUGGACGAAUGCGCUGCCGCCCUGGUCCUUAUGUCGCUCUCGUGCUCACCUCACAGUCCUCACAACCCCCCGCCACUUCACUGCCAAUACAAUUACGGUUCCUGGGGGAGUCGUGGAGGCGGAGGCAGCGGUAUGAUCGCCGGCUCACCGGGAGUCGGCGGUAUGUCAAAUAGCAGUAGCAGCAGCGGGGCUUCAUGGCGAAGCGGCACUCCCAGUCCACCCCUUAGCGAAGAGGGUGUCCCGACGAGAAGUUCUCCGUGUCCGGCGACCUCACAUCCCUCGCACAAUCAGCCACACUACCCCUACAACACGUCCGGUUCGUCGUCAAGCAGCACCCCGGGCUCGACCACGUUGGAUGAGGGAAUAGUGCCCGACUAUAUCGAGGAGCAACACCCACGUAAGAAGAUUCGAGCGAAAGUCAACCAGGACCCGAUCGAGACGGAGCCAGGCGCUUGCGCGACUUUCGAAAGCGAACAGGCGAAUGCGGCAGUGGUCUUCAAGUGCAAUUGGCCGGGUUGCCUGGAAAUCAAGGCGACUGUCGCGCUUAUUGAAGAACAUGUGCGCCAGUCACAUCUGCUUCUGGGCCCAAAGAAAUCCAAGGGAUGUGACAGCGAGGACGAUCACGAGGAGGAAUUCUAUUAUCAGGAAGUCGCUGUGGAUCACAUGAGUUCACCUCCCACGAUGUCUCAUCGGGACAUGGCAAGACCGCCGCACGAGGAUCCAGAGUAUCAAAAGCAGCUUCGUCUUGAGGCGACUCCUAUCGCGAGUAACUUUAUCGAGAACGUAAUGGUCGGUGUCAGAGAACCGAGUAACACGUUUACGAUUUCACAAUCGCCGGGUACGCCCAAUAAACACAUCAAACUGUCCCCACGGCCAUUGCAGGCGUGUCAUCAACAGAACAUGACAGCGUCCACGGGCAAGCCGUCCUCUCCGCGGCGAACUCGCAGCGAUGUUAAGAAAUGUCGCAAGAUCUACGGUAUGGAUUCACGUGACCUCUGGUGCACUCAGUGCAGGUGGAAGAAGGCCUGCACCCGUUUCUGCAGCGAAUAG